AUGUCCAUGGCCAUGCUGAGGGCGCCGGGCGCGCGGACGGCGGUGGAAGAACUCGCAGCGCUGUGGACGGCGAGUCGCCACGCCGCCGUCGCGCCCUCUGAGGACCGCGCUUGGGCAGGAUCGAAGGGGAUCGCUCACGGCGGCGGUUGGGGCGGUUGGCGGCAUGUGAAUGUCCCGGCGACCUUCAGCUUCGACGACCACGGUGACGAUUCUCAGGUAAAGGCGGAAACCAACAAAGAAGCAGCUGUAAAGUACACAAGACAUGAGAUCCAGGAACGGCUGAGUAACCCAUCCAAAUGGCCUGGGGUGCAGCCAUGGAAAAUACCCUUCCACAACAACAGGCAGAUCCUAAUGGUUGCAGAUUUCGCUGAGAUGCACCUGGUGCAGUCCAAGUAUAGGGAGAGCAAUGCACGGAAGAUUCUGGGCGAGCUGUCCAAGACGUACAAGAAAUACCUGCAGAGGCCCAGCACAGACUGCGUUAACACCUCUACUGUGGUCCAGAAAUUCGCCCGACUUGUGAGCCUGGCCAACCAGCAGGAGUGGCUUCUGAAGAACCACAGCGAUGUUUUGGGCGCCAUGUUGCACCACAUAGAUGCCAACAUCGCCAACUUUAGAGCGAGGCAGGUAGCCAACACCGUGAGCGCGCUUGGCAGGCUUGGACCAGGUGUGAGGCUCAUACGGACACCGUCUGGCGUGUCCGGCAAUGAAAUCCUGCAAAAGCUGGUUGCCGCUGCAAAGGCAAACUCUGAUUACCUGGGUGAUCGGCAGUGGUCAGGCAUGCUGGUGGGGCUGGCUGUGCUGUCGCAGCCCACCCAGAGUGAAGCAAGUAAUGAAGGUGAUGGAGGCGGGAAUGGGCGACCUGAGGGGGCCUUGCUGGAGCUGCCAGAUCUGCAUGACCCCCAGCUCUUGCGUAUGGCCAGCAAUCGCAUUGGCAGUGAAGGGCACUUCUACCAGCCUGCCUCACUGUCUAAUUCCCUGUGGGCCAUGGCAAAGAUGCGCUUCAGUUACUGUGAGCCUGCGGCUGGAGCCAUCCUGAGGCGUCUGGCAACCAGUCCUUACGACUUUCACGUUGCAGACGUUGCCCUGAUCUUCUGGUCACUGGCCGCUCUGCGCAUGGGUCGCAUGUGCCAACGGGAGGCAUUGGGCAUUCAAAAGGGUAUGGGGCUGUGCCUGAAGACGAUGCAGGACACCUCCACUCAGGAUCUAAACUACAUUGUUGGAGGUCUCACAGGACUGGCUGUGCCAGAUUGCACGCAGCUGUUCGAUGCUGUUGUGGAGGAGACUCUUUGCAAAAUAGAGUGUCAAAGCCGCUUCACAGAUGCUGACAUUAUCGGGCUGAUCUUCAACUUUGCCAGGUACCAAUAUCGGCCCCCUGACGUGCUUCUGGACAAGGUGUGUGACUACGUGAAGGACAAUGUGCAGAAGCUGGAGCCCACUUUCCUGUCGCAGGCCAUGUACUUCGUUGCAUGCUUUGGCGUAAAAGAUGCCUCCCUUAUCCAAGCACUCAGGGAGGAGAUGGCCGCCAACAUGGGCACAUCAUCGACAGAGGACGCCUCGACAUUUGCUUGGUCACUGGCGCUGGUGGACGAGUUGGAUCCAGCAUUCCUCAAGCUGGUUGCAGAUCGUGUGCAUACGCAGGGGCUUGGCACAGGGGCUGCUGGCACCAAGCGCAGGGUGCACCAAUGCCUCGUUCACCUGCAGCAUGUGGCGAAGGUCCACGUACCCCACGACAUUGUCCCUGAGGAGCUGGCUUGUGCGGGCAGGGAAGAAUGGGAUCUGGCCAACAAGAACAAACCUGACAUGGUCAGAAUCACAUCCACACUAAAGGACCUUGGCUAUGAGUCACACGCGGAGGUCAUCCAGGAGGGACCCAUCACAGCCCACGUCUUCACACUGCGGGACGGGACACGGGCUGCCAUCGAAGUGCUCCAGCUGUCCCACCUGUGUGUCAACACACAGGCACAUGUGCCCAAUGUCCACCUCUGGCGGAGGCGCUUUCUGGAGGCCGUUGGAUACAAGGUACUCGUGGUUAAGGAGUGGGAGGCGACUGCCAUGAGCUUCCGGCAACGCCUGGCAGUGCAGCUGCAGGAACUCCAAAGCCCAGUCGUCCUGCAGGAAAGAGCUGCAUCUUUGUCGGAGGGAACAAUUUCUUAG